AUGGGUGCUGUGGGAGGAGGAGCGGUAAUGCGAAUGGGUGGGGGGAAGAGUAUGCUGUUUAUACUGCCCGUAUUCGCGGAGCCCGGUGGGACGAUGAUUGUGGUGGUACCGCUGUUAUCACUCCGCGGGGAUAUGAUACGCCGGUGCCAGGUAUUAGGCAUCGUAUGCGUGUUGUGGAAGAACCGGCGGCCCCUGGAUAAGGCGACGAUUGUACUAGUAACGCUGGAGUCUACGGUGAUAGAGAAUUUUUAUAUAUUUAUUAACCAACUGCAGCAGACGCGGUGGUUAGAUUGGAUUAUUAUCGACAAGUACUAUAUGGUACUGAAUAAUCAGCGAGAUUUCUGGCCUAAAUUACAGUAG